UGUAGUACCGGGGCUUCGGCAGUGCUGGAUCGUCCGGGAUGCGGGGCGGAACGUCCUGCUCCGACAUGGAACGGGAGUCAUGGAGGCUUAUCGGGGAAACCAAUCGCUCUGUUAGGACUCUUUUGUGUUCAUUUGCAGAGUAAAGGCUGUGGAGGUAUGGCUUGAUCAAAUGAGAAGCAUUUCACACCGAAUGCACGGACGCACAGUCUUUCUGAUCGCUUUAAAACAAAAUAUGACGAAGGCAAAUGCGUUUUGAAACAAUGUAACAAAUUCGCAGAGUGAUGUAAUGUUACAGUGUAGCAAAUUCGCAGCGCGAUGUCAUGAAACAAUGUAACAGAUUCCUAUCGUCCGCUGUGCUAUAUUCUUUGUCCUUCUAAACCACGGAAGCUUCUGCGGAUGAGUAGAUCUUCAUCAUUUUGUGUUGUAUUAUGUUCAAAAACGCAUUUUGUCAUAGUGAAGUUGUGUUAUAACCAUCAAACUUGUAUGUAGAGAAGUGGUGGACCCUUUAAACUAACCAAAAGGACGCGAGAUUCAUAUUCAAAUCUUGCAGAGAAUCGCUAUAGCGCUACAUAAUGCAUUUGAAUGCAUUUUUAAAUAUUCCUAUAAAUAAUCUAAUUAGAAAUUGUCCAAGUCAUGUCCCGCACUGAAAUGUGGACUCUAGGAUUGAUUCAUUAAUGGAAUGCAUGAAGGCGCUGCCGCUGUUGUGUUCAAAAGAGCCGUCCAUACAUCGUUCAUCUGAAAAGGAGUCGAGAAAAUAUGGCAGAGGCAUCUCUUGUGGAGAACCCCGUCGACAUAGACCCCGAUUUCGAGCCCCAGAAAAGGCCUAGGUCUUGCACAUGGCCUCUGCCCAGACCGGAGUCCGAUGCGGGCAAAGCCGAACCAGGAGAAGUGGGCAUCAUUCCAGAGGAAGAGGUGGAUGAAAAUGGCACUGAUGAAGCUUGUGCUUCUAGCAACAUUACUGAUACAUCAAAAGCUGCCAAUACAGAAUCAAAGCCACCGAGCAAUAGCACUGCUACCCCUGUCAUAGAAACCAAUGUUGCAAUCAAUGAUAAAGACAGUUAUGGGUCUCCAAUAUCUUCCCAACAAGUGCUGGCCGCUGCAUGCAGUGACUCCAGCGCCAAUGGCCUUGUUCCUCAACAGCCCAGAAAAUCUUCUGCCCGCAGGAACGCUUGGGGAAACUAUUCCUACGCAGAUCUCAUCACUCAAGCUAUUGAGAGCUCACCGGAGAAGAGGCUGACAUUGGCCCAGAUUUACGACUGGAUGGUCCGAAAUGUGCCAUACUUCAAGGACAAAGGUGACAGCAACAGCUCCGCGGGGUGGAAGAACUCGAUUCGACAUAACUUGUCACUCCAUAGUCGCUUCGUCCGGGUCCAGAAUGAAGGGACAGGAAAGAGUUCAUGGUGGAUGGUCAACCCAGAUGGUGGAAAAGGGGGCAAAGCCCCACGGAGGCGUGCUGUUUCCAUGGACAACAGUAAUAAGCUGAUCAAAAGCGCCCGUGGCCGUGCUGCAAAAAAGAAGGCCGCUCUACAGGCUACUCAGGACGGAAGCUCUGAGAGUUCCUCCAACUUGUCCAAAUGGACCGGGAGCCCGAUGUCCCGUAGCAGCGACGAGCUCGAUGCUUGGACAGAUUUCCGUUCCCGCACCAAUUCAAAUGCCAGCACCCUAAGUGGACGUCUUUCACCAAUCCUGGCCAACCUGGAGGUGGAUGAAGUUCCCGAUGAUGACUCUCAGCUGUCACCCAUGCUGUACUCUAGCCCUAGUAGUAUGUCUCCAUCUACCGGCCUGACUGAACUGCCCCGUCUGGCUGACCUCGCAGGAACCAUGAACCUCAACGACGGCCUCUCCGACAACCUAAUGGAUGACUUUCUUGACAACAUCAGCUUGACGGCUUCCCAAUCUCCAGGUGAAGAUGAGAGUGGGGGCAACCUACAAGGAAGCCCUGUGUUUACUUUCAGCUGCUCUGGAAGCAGUCUGGCAAUUCCGUCUGGCAGCUACAGUCCUAACUCCAUGUUCAGCCCACCGUCCAUCACUGGCUUGAGGCAGUCUCCAAUGCAAACGAUCCAGGAAAACAAACAGGCUACGUUCUCCUGCGGUUCCCUCUUUAGCGAGCAAAGUCUGCAGGAUUUGCUUAGCUCAGAGUCCCACAGUCACAUUGAUGUCCUUCUUACCCAGACUGACCCUCUGAUGUCUCAAGCCAGUGCCUCGCUCUCGUCUCAGAAUGCUCGUCGCAGUGCUCUGUUGCUGCGUAAUGACCCCAUGUUUUCCAACCAGGCUGGGCCUGGUGGACAAGCGGGACUCAAGAAGGCGUCGCCAUCCGGAUGGCGGAUGAACAGUGUAUCGAGCAGUGAAUCAGACUACCAAAGCUUGAUGAAGCAACAUCUCCAACAGUCUCCCUUCAUAAGCACAUCUGUGCAGCUCAACUCCUCAGAUUCGUUGUUGGUAGGUCUCAACGGCAGUGUGAACUCAGUUCACUCAGUGUCUCAGGAUCGAUUCCCAUCAGACUUGGAUCUCGAAGCGUUAAGUGGUAGUCUCGAUUGUGAUAUAGACGCCAUCACCCGCAAUGACCUAAUGGAUGCCGAAGGCCUGGAGUUCAGCUUUGAUUCACAUCUCUUCUCCUCUCAGAAUGCUAACCUGACUUCAGGGAGCUUCUCUGGGACCAAACGAACCUCCUCUCAAAGCUGGGUACCAGGUUGAUCAGGCCAGUCCCAGGAAUGUAGUGUCAGGGCAGAACACAACAUUUGAGCCAAUGUCCUCUGUAAAACAACUGUACAAUGUGCUGUAGAAAAGCUAUUUGACAUCCAUUGGAAUGAGUUUGAGUCAACUUCAGUGAUUUACCCAGUUGGUGGUGUUAUAGUUUUGUGGCUGUAUGUUUUGUAUUUUCAUGAUUGAGAUUUGUUUGAUGGACGGUUUGAAGAGUUUUAUCAAAAUUUAGCUUGAAUUGCUUGCAGUUUAAUCUAAUCACCAAGUAUUGAACUCAGCUGCUCAAGUGGAGUAUUGUAUUGUGAAGGUUGUCUAUAUAUGAAGUCUUGGCCAUCAGUACUUUCCUUGGUCUAUUUAGAAAAGAAAAAAAAAUUAAACCCACGCUCUAGAAACAGCACCAAUGCAAAUUAGGGCACCUGCACACUAGAGAAAGUGCUAAUGGACAGUUGACAGAUUGGAAUCAGAAAAUGUGUUUUGAGAGUGUGGAAAGAACAGGGUUAGUUUGGAAGCAAGUGGGAAAUACAGUGAAGUGCAUCUGGACCUGCCUCUGUGAAUUUUUUAUUCCUUGUUGCAGCAAAAGUUAAAAUUUUCUCAACCUUUUAUCACAUGACGGAGUGUCGCUUUCACAAAGCAGUACAUUUUUCUGAUGUCUUUGCAUUGCACAAUUCCCAUUGAAAUCAAAGGAUUUGCAGCGUUCUCUGAUGCAACAUAAACUCUAGUAUGUAGCCGCACUUAGUUUGUUGUAAUUAUUUGUAACUGUGAUCGAGAUUUCUUGUCAUCAAGUCGAAACAAACACUUGCCUUUUACCAAACUAGUCCUUAGGACAAUUACAUCGAAAUUGUGUUUUGUGAAAUCAGUGAUCAUAAUGUAACAUUGACUCAUUUUACGGAAAAAUGAAUUAUGAUAUGAUGAUAAGCUAAAUAUUUAGUGUUCUGCUGUAUGAAACUAGUUUAUCAGUGUUUAUUUCCUAACACAACCUUUGUGUGCAUUUGUCCUGCUCAGAGUUCUUGAGCACCUUCAUCACCUCUAAACCACAUUCACUUCCAACAUCAAAUAUUUUAGAACAGAUAAUGAGCUAUAGAUUAAUAUUACUGUUUGUACACACACACACACACACACACACACACACAGGGCCUCGUUAAGUAAACUUGAGCAGAAUGAAUGUCUUUAUGUUGUAAAACCAGACAAUUUACCACUAAAUUUACUUUACAAUUCGUAAAAUCAGUCUUGCGUGCAAUUUACGUAAAAAUAGUUUAAAAAAAAACAUUCUUUAGAUCAAAUUUAGCAUUCACCAUUUAUACAGAAAUUCGUAAAACCAUUUUUGCAUGCAACUAUUUAUGUAAAAAUAAUUUUACGCAUUUCUGUGUAAAUUGUUUGUAAAACCAUUCUCGUAAAAUUUUGCAUUCACAAUUUAUAAAGAAAUAAUAAUAAAAAAAAAAUGUUCUUGCAUAUGACUAUAUUCAUAAAAGUGGUUCUUUGUAAAUUGUCUGUAAAACCAUUAUUGGGUAAAAUUUCGCAUUUACAAUUUACAGUAUACAGGAUUCGAAAAACCAUUCAUAUAUGCAACAAUUUACAUGAAAAUGGUUUGAAAAACUUUUUUGCAUAAACCAUUCAUAAAGCUAUUCUUAAGUCAAUUGUCAUAUUCUAUGCCCAAGGUGUAAAUGGCUUGUACACAAACUGUACACUGUAGAUGUAUGUGCGUGUACAUUUUUCUUUUGUGACAGUUAACGUAAGAAUGGUUUAAGAAUUUUUGUGUUGUUUCAUGUAGAAGGCCCAUAGUGUAUGUGUACAAAUACUGAACACUGUAUAUGUGUGUGUAUAUACACAGAAAUAUUGGAUUCAUAUAUAUAUAUAUAUAUAUAUAUAUAUAUAUAUAUAUAUAUAUAUAUAUAUAUAUACACACACUCACACACACCGAUCAGCCACAACAUUAGAACCACCUGUCAAAAAUUGU